AUUCAGCUCCACGGCUGUAAUGGUGUCUUGGCUGCGCUUGAAGGGAGCUGAAAGCUGUAUUGUGGCCAUCAAACACGGAUUGUUUUGAGCACUUUGCAAGGAAGAGAUUUGUUUUUGACAGUCGGAUAACAUAACCUGCCAGUGAACUGUUUUUUUUUUCGCUGAAUGCGCCGCAUAGGAGACCUGUUGCUCGGCUGUCUCGCCGCCGCCGCCACUUAGUCAACCACUCUCAAAGAUGUUGCUUUGUGGAUGGGAUGGCCUCUGGUCCCGUUUGUGUGCGCACUCAUAGCCUCGUUGGAGUACGAACAUUUCUCUUUCAAGUGAUUUUGUAACUCUUCGCGACUGGGAAGAUGCAUGUGUCUCUGGCAGAAGCCCUGGAGGUGCGUGGGGGUCCGCUGCAGGAGGAGGAGGUCUGGGCAGUGCUCAGCCAGAGUGCUGAGAACCUCCAAGAACUCUUCCACAAAGACCCCACAGCCAUGGGCUUCAUCAUCUCUCCCUGGUCCCUCCUCCUCAUGCCCUCUGGAAACAUCUCAUUCACAGACGAAUAUGUCACCCAGCAGGACUUAAGAGCCUUCACCGCUCCAGAGGUCUUGGAGGGGCUGUCCCUGACUUCCAUCUCUGAUAUAGAGAAGAUGCACAUGUACUCUCUGGGGAUGACGCUGUUCUGGGGAGCGGACUAUGAGAUCCCCCAAAGUCAGCCUAUGAAGUUGGGGGAGCACCUGAACAGCCUGCUCCUCAACAUGUGUGAUGAUGUGACACUGAGUCGAAUGUCGCUGCGCACGGUGCUGGACAUCUGCAGCAAACACAUUAGAAACUCCAGUGGUGACCCUCCCUUCUCGUAUAUCAGGAAACUGGUCCGGUUGGUGCUGGGUAGCCUUUCCCAGCUGGACGGUCUGCUGACUGAUAGAGAGUCUCUUCCAGAGCGGAGUAAGGAGAUUCGGGAGAGGCUGAGAGGAAAGGGCUUGCCCUCAGGGAGGAGCGCCGCCCCCAGGGUUCUGGAGCGCUACAGAGCCAGGAGUCAGGAGCAGACGUCUCUGAACCGGGGCCUCAGCCGCUCCAUGGGCUCUCUGCCAAUCCAGGACCUUUUGAAGGGGGAUGAGGGGGCAGCCCAUCAGUAUUACCCGUCUGACUAUCACCCCAACUCUGACUCCCCUACAGAAUUCUACCCCAAACCCCCCUCACUCCAGCAGCAGCUGUCUUAUCCCUAUCUGCACCCCCUUCACCCGCAGCAAAAGGGCCGCCCUGUGGAACUGGACCGGAGGUCUUUAGCCUUCCACAGUGCGGAUCUGGCCCCUAGUCGGGCGAAGAAGAACUGGGCUUCCUCUGUGGACUUAGCCUGCAUUGACCCCGAGGCUCUUCGCUUUGGGGCUCUGGAGGAUGCGCGGAGGGGCAGCAGUAUCAUCAAUUCCCACUCCAUAGGCAGGCGUAAAUCCCCCCUGCGGGCAUCCAGAGAGAGGGAGUCUCGCUUUUCUGAGUUUAGUGGGCUGAAGAGCAGGAAGCCUCAUCACCAUUCGGCCCUGUCAGUAGGGUCCGGAAUCACCGGUGCAUACGACAGGAUAAAGGAGAGGCAGAGGAAGCUGCAGGUGCUCAGGCAGGCAGUGGAUGACCCAGUCCACACUCAUCAGAGGUACAACAGUGACUACAGCUCAUCCAGUGAAAGCCCCUCUGUGACCUCCUCUGAUCCAGACUACAGACAAGCUAAGAAACCAGGCGAUGUGAGGAGGUUUGGCUCGCAGCUGGCUCUUUCCUCUGAACAUGAUGCCCUGUCGCUGACGAGUCACAACAGGCACAGGCUGUAUGAGGGGGCGGCUGAUGAAGAUCUGUUCGGGGCGGAGCUGCUCCUCCAGAGGCAGGAGGAAGAGGUGCAGCGGCUCCAGGUCCACCUGGCCAACAGGCUCUCCAGGGCCAACCUCUACCCCGCAGAUGAUCCCCUGGCCCCAUCUCGCACUUCUAUGCUCGACCUUCGAGACCCCCUCCACUCCUCUUCUGUACUUCGCAAACCCAAGAACUUCCAUGGGCCUGAGUUUGUGAAGAUGGCCAGUGAGCCGUGUGUGGCCUUAUCUGUUCCCUCUUCAAUAAUGAAGCGUGGUAAGGUGGAGGAAGUGCAGAGGAAGGUGGGUGUAGUGCUGCUGAAUGGCCAAAAGCUGGAGCUGAGCUGUGACAUCAAGGCCGUUUGCAAAGACGUUCUUGACAUGGUGGUCGCUCACAUCGGGCUUGUGGAGCACAAUCUCUUCGGACUAGCAUACCUCAGAGAUGAGGAGUUUUUCUUCGUUGAACCUGAUGCCAAACUGACCAAGGUGGCACCAGAGGGAUGGAAGGAGGACCCUAAGAAGAAGAAAUCGGAUGUGCCUUUUAAUCUAUUCCUACGCAUCAAAUUCUUCAUUGAUGACGUCAACCUCAUACAGCAUGCUAUGACCAAACAUCAGUACUACCUACAGCUGAGGAAGGAUAUCUUGGAGGAGAGGAUGCGCUGUGACACAGAAAGUUCCAUGCUGUUGGCCUCACUGGCACUGCAGGCUGAAUUCAGUGACUACCAACCUGAGCUCCACGGGAAGACCUACUUCAGAACAGAGCACUACCUCCCAGUGUCUGUCCUGGAUAAAAUUGACCAGACGACCGUCAAGGAGGAGCUGCCCAAACUUCACAGCAACUACUACGGGGCAUCUGACUCUGAGGCAGAGUUUGAGUUUCUCAAGGUGAGCCAGAGGCUGACAGAGUAUGGGGUCCAUUUCCACCGGGUACUUCCUGAGAAGCGGUCCCAGACGGGCAUCAUGUUGGGGGUCUACUCCAAGGGGGUGCUGAUCUUUGAAGUGCUAAACGGAAAUCGGACCCCAGUGCUAAGGUUCCCCUGGAGGGACACUAAAAAGAUUUCCUUUAUAAAAAAGAAGAUUUGCCUGCAGAACACAUCCGAUGGGAUUAAGCACCUGUUUCAGACGGACAGCAACAAGACCGGUCAGUAUCUGCUCCAGCUCUGCUCCGACCAGCACAAGUUCCACCUGCAGAUGAAGGCUCGCCAAAACAACCAGGAGCUUCAGGACCUAGAGAACUGCCCCCUGAGCAGUCGGCAGUAUUCCCUUGACUCUCGAAGUGGAGACUCAGUGGGGAGGACGGUGAGCUCGGGCAGCCUGGCCCCCAGCUUAUCGACACGCUCCAACCCGGACCAACUGAAGAGGAUCUCCUACUCGGAGGUGGCCCUCCACAAGGCAACUUCUGGCUCCGUCCAAGAUGAGCUUCACUUUCCAGGUUUCAAUCCAGUGGCCUCCAUGGUCCUUUCCAAUCCGCGGAUAAUGAGUCGCUCCCACCACAACCUGGGACAGAUGCCAGAGUCUCCUGAGCACCGGAUGGCUACAUCGUAUGAAGGCCAGUCGCAGCCCAGGCUGAGUCAGGCACCGCCAAACCAAGCAGCCUCUCACUUCCAGCAGCACCAGAGAGCCAGCUCCGACACAGACUCCAUCUCGCACCAAGACAAAUCUUUGGGCACAGUGUCCCACAGCAGCCCGGUAUGGAGCGUCAGCAGGGCCAAAAAGGAAUCUGACUCUUCUUCCACAGAGGAUACUGGCCAAGCGUAUGUAGUUGGUGUCAGUAUGCACAGUUCCUCUGGACCACCCUCAACCCCAGCCUCUGUUAACGAUUCACUCAAGAAAAAGGUCAUAGCCUUGCCGUCUCCAGAGAGAGAAAUCACAACUGUAGACCUGAAGAAAGAUGUGAAAUAUGGCCUCGGGUUCCAGGUUGUCCGAGGGCAGAACUCUGGUCGCAUGGACCUUGGCACCAUCAUUAGCUCCAUCACUCCUGGAGGUCCCGCUGAUGUCAACGGCUGCCUCAAACCUGGUGACCGGCUGAUCUCAGUGAAUGAUGUGAAGCUAGAAGGCCUCUCUCACGACACUACCAUUGAAAUCCUUCAAAAUGCUCCAGAUGAUGUGACUCUAGUGGUGCUACAGCCCAAAGAGAGGCUCUACAAAGAGUCUCCUUCAGGCUACGUUCCCUACCCAGCCAAGUCUGCAUUGAAGGCACUCAACUCUGACCAGAGACGAGAACUAGACUUUGAUACAUCAUCAGAGGAGCAAGCGGGAACAGGAAGCCCCAGCCCUACUCUCCUUGGCGCUGGCACGCCCUCAUCCUCCUCCUCCCCGGUCCACCAGCACCCCAGCCUCAUCUCUCAGGACUCCAGGACCAGCAGUGCUGCUAAAGUCAGCCCACCCACAGUUGAUGUCCGGAAGUGCCUAGAAAGAAUUACAAAUGCUAGCACAGCUGCAACCUCUGCCACACUUCAGAGACCAGAACCUACCGUGGUUUUGGAUCCCACGCCACCGGCUCUGCCGCCCAAAACUAGAAAAGCUAAAGUGGCAGAAGCACCCAAAGUUUCCGAGCACUCUGACUGGGGGGAUUCGGACAUGGAUGAGGAGACUUUUUCCAGUAGUCAAGAGAAACUCAAAGUCAGAAAGGAAAACAUCAUGGAAAGUUUUAAUGGUAAUGCCCCAGGGGUCAAUAGUCUCCGUCCAGGAGAACUAUUUGAUGUUGAGCUGUCUAAAAAAGACAGCAGCCUGGGCAUAAGUGUCACGGGUGGAAUCAACACGACUGUUAGGCAUGGAGGCAUCUACGUCAAAGGCAUCAUACCGAAAGGAGCAGCUGAGCUCGACGGAAGAAUUAAGAAAGGUGAUCGUGUGAUGGCUGUCAAUGGUAAAAGUCUGGAGGGAGCCACUCAUCAGCAGGCAGUGGAGGCUCUGCGAGACACCGGGCAGACUGUGCACUUGUUGCUGGAGAAAGGUCAUCCGCCGGCAGACAGUGUCCAUGCUCCCCUCACUCCUCAGAGCACGCUACUAGCUGCCAACAGCGACCAGGAGCCGAACAUGAGCAAAAAGCAGAAACCGGAGUACAGCUUUGUUACAGAAGAGAAUGUGUUUGAGGUAUUACUGCUGAAGAACACGUCAGGACUGGGCUUCAGUUUCAGUCGAGAGGAGCACAUCCCUGAAGAAACCCCCGGCUCCAGCAUGGUGCGCGUUAAAAAGCUGUUUCCUGGCCAACCAGCUGCAGAGAGCGGCCGCAUCAACGUGGGCGACAUCAUCAUGCGGGUCAAUCAGACCCCCCUCAAAGGACUGUCACAACAUGAGGUGAUUUCAGCCUUGCGAGGGACAGGACAGGAGGUGACUUUGCUUCUUUGUAGACCGGAAUAUGGAGUUCUUCCUGAAAUGGACACUUCAGCGUUGUGUCCUAAGUCGUCACCCCAGAAAGAGCCUCUGACGCCGACAGAGCCGAGCCUGAGCCUCGACAGGGCGACCUCUCCUCCCGGGACACAGGGCCAGACGGGUCGAGUCUCCGUGGAGGACGCCCUGGAGAGGCUGCUGCUCAAAACCCCCGGCCGACAAAACAGCUACAGCGACAGCACUGAUGGGGAUGAAGAGGUGGAAGAAGCCUUCAACCCGAACUCUGUGGAGCAGAGCAGGCAAGCGUGGGAGCGGAGUGUCUACCACACCCCCAGCAGCAACCUGGGACUGGGACGCUACGACAGCACGGGUCAGCUGGACGACACCAUCAACUCAGCCUUCUACUCCCCAAACCUGUCCAUGACCAGAUCGGACCUCAGCAAGAGGUUUCCUUCUUCCCCUGUUACAGCUGAUUUAGAGACAUCCUCCCUUCAUAUGGGGUCCUCUCCUUCUGCUCCAAGCCCUGAUCCCCUGCCUCCUCCUCUGCCCUUGCCGUUAAACCUCACUGCGUCUGGCAACGGACAGGACAUGGAGGACUUUGUCGCGGAAGUAGAGCUAAAUGUCUCCCUGGUGAAGUCAGAAAAAGGCAGCCUGGGCUUCACCCUCACCAAAGGAAGUGAUCAUGGGUGUUACAUCCAUGACAUCGUCCAGGAUCCAGCCAAAGGAGAUGGCAGUCUCAAGCCCGGGGACCGCAUGAUUAUGGUAAACAACACAGAUGUGAGCAACAUGGGCCACACCGAGGUGGUCAAUCUUGUGCGCGCUGCUCCCCGUGUGGUUGACUUGGUGGUAGGGAGGGUCCUGGAGGCUCCCAAGCCCCCCAUAGAAGCCCACCUGCUGCCUGACAUUGGCUUUGAGGGCAGCCAAGAACCACUGGGUCUGGUACUGGACGGUGGCAGUGACAGUGUUUACGAUGUCUUGUUUGUGAGAGAGGUCCUGCCCGGCUCAAUGGCCUAUGAGGAGGGCACCCUGAGGCCGCUUGAUCUGAUCCACUACAUCAACGGUGCUCCCACACAGGAACUGACUCUCAAUGAGAGCACCAGACUGCUGGAGCUCUCCCUCAACGACCUCACACUGAAGGCCACAAGGGAUGGAAAGCCUGUUUCUCCCGAUCAGAAAAGUGUCUCUUUUCUUAACAACAACGUUGGCCCCGAGAUUUCAUCCAGCAUGAACGGUUUUCUUAAAGGAGAAGAUCCCAGAGAUACAGAGUGUCUUGCAACACUUUGUCCUUCAGAGGAGGAAAUCAUCAGGCUGGAUCUGGAGAAGCUGCAGUCAGGAGGUCUGGGCUUCUCGGUGAUUGGAGGGGAGAGAGGGAUUUUUGUCAAGUCCAUCACACCGGGAGGAAUAGCAGAGUCCUCGGGAAAACUGCAAGUGGGAGACAGGCUGCUGAAAGUGAAUGAAGAACUAAUGACAGGUGUGUCUCACACCAAAGCUGUCACCACUAUCCGCAAAGCUAAAGGCCUGGUACAUCUUGUAGUGUCCAGACCGCCAGACCAGAACCCAAACACUUACCUGGCCUACCUGCCCAUCAACUCGGACAAGUGCAAUGGAAACACAGAUCUGAGUGAAGACAGUGGAGCAAAGACUAAGAUGUUUACUCUCAAUGAUGAGCUGAAGUCUAGGGGCUUCCCUUCCAUACCACCAAUAGACUAUGAAGAUGAACCAUUAGAGCAGAAAAGACAAACGGAUCACAGCGCUGAGCUUUCAGAGGACACAGACUGCGAUGGCUCUUCUUUACCUGAAGACUCGCCUGAGAGUUCGCGGAAAGUGGAAUGGCAAGAGGAGAGUGUUGAUUACCCAAGAAUGAAAAACAGCUAUCUGCAAAUGAGUGCUGGACAGCCAGAGGAAGAUGAGAUCACGUGGGGAAGUGAGGAACUGCCCAUUGAAAACAUGAACAAAUCCCAAGAUGACGGGCCAAUCAUCACAGAGGAUGAGCUGACCUCUCUGCCCCUCGUCAAAGUUGUCCCUGAUGGCCAGUACACAGGAGCAAAGCUCAACACUGUGGUCCGCAUGAUGAGGGGUCUCCUGGAGCAGAAAGUCCCCCUGCAGGAGUUUGAAAACCUUCAGAAUCUCCAGCCCCUAGACGACUGUCUCAUAGGUCAGACGAAGGAAAACAAGAAGAAGAACCGCUACAAGAACAUUGUUCCCUUUGACACAACUCGAGUCGUGCUGGAAAAAGACGGCGGCUACAUCAAUGCCAACUUUAUCAAGAUGUCAGUGAAGGAAGAGAACUAUAUGUACAUCGCAUGUCAGGGUCCCCUACCCACCACCCUGGGUGACUUUUGGCAAAUGGUCUGGGAGCAGAAGUCCAAUGUGAUCGCCAUGAUGACCCAGGAAGUAGAGGGAGGGAAGGUGAAAUGUCAGCGGUACUGGCCAGACACUCCAAGGACAGCGGAGAUGGUGGACGAGAGGUUACAGAUCACGCUGAUCAAAGACCAAUACCUUGACAAUUUUGUCAUCCGACUCAUUGAGGUCAAAGAUGUCCAGACUAAUGAAAUACAGCGUGUAACUCAUUUGAACUACACGGGAUGGCCGGACCACGGCACGCCCUCAGAACCCGAGCAGCUGCUCACAUUUAUCUCCUACAUGAGGCACGUUCAUCGAUCGGGGCCAAUAAUCACACACUGCAGCGCAGGCAUCGGCCGGUCAGGAACCCUCAUCUGUAUAGACGUGGUUCUGGGUCUCAUCAGUAAAGAUGCUGAUUUUGAUAUUUCAGAUAUCGUAAGAAACAUGAGACUUCAGAGACAGGGAAUGGUGCAGACAGAGGACCAAUAUAUUUUCUGCUAUCAAGUGAUCCUCUACGUCCUGAGAUGCCUUCAAGCAGAAGAAAACAUCUCAGGAUAGGAGCCGUCACGUGGCGGCUGUUUGACUGUUUCACAAGAGCAAAACAAAAAUGGAGGAGAGUUCACAUUGGCAGAAAUUGCCAAAUUUACACUACAUGUUUUUAAUAUGCCUUAAAAUAUUCAGAUCCUUCAGAGUAAAUCCUUUUAAAGAAGUCUAUAUUUUUAUGUUUGCUUUUUGAGUUCUCUCUCUCUCUUUGGCUGCUACUCCCUUUUAAUGCAUUUAUGAGAACUGCUGAUUGUAUUUCUUGUCACCUACAAGAAAACACAAAUGUUUUCCCAGAUUCAUGGAUAUUCUAAAAUAAUUAUGAAAGUGAUCAUGAUCGAUGAUUUCAUAUUUUAUGUGGAACGAAAUUGUACUUUGUGUAUUUUGAAUCCUAUUUUAAUGCUGGAACAUGCCUUGACAGAAUACUAUGUCAGUAUUUGCUUUGUAAAUCUAUUAUACAGUAAUUGCUCACUGCUUGAGGUAAAUGAUGAAAUUAAAAGUGUACAUAUUCAUCUCCUGAAAAUUAAACUGGAUACAUUUUAAA